AUGGUUGGGGCGGCAUUGCUGCUGCUACUGGCUGGGCGGGAGGCAUUCAGGUACUGCAAUCUCCGACUACAUUCCUCCGGAUUCAAGGGUGCUCGCAACGCCGUCGAGUCGGCGCAGUUCUCGCGGGUACUUAGGAGCAGCAGGAUCAGCCACGCCGUCCUGGGGAGCGGCGAGGGAUUCCAAGAGCUGGACGAGAUGCUAGAGAAGAUCGCCACGAUGCCCGAUCCAUCGCAGGGAUAUGGCUUCGUUCUCAGGCAGAUUGGCGAGCGCAAGGCGCUGGCACAGGGCAAGCGCGUCCAUGCUCACAUCUUGAGGACCAGGAAGUGGAAGUCGAGCGCCGUCGUCUCCAAUCUCCUCGUCCAGAUGUAUUGCCAGUGCGGCAGUGUGGAUCUGGCGCGCGAGGUCUUCGCCGGCACGAUCCAUCGCAACGAGCAGUCGUGGAGCUCGAUGAUCGCGGGCUACGUCCACCAUGGCCGCCACAGGGAAGCGCUCGAUCUCUUCCUCAACCUGGAAUGCGAGCAGCGCGUCCAGCCUAAUCGAUCCAUCUUCGCCAGCGCUCUCGCGGCUUGCACCCACUUGGGCGAUCUGGAACAUGGCCGAAGGAUCCACGAGCGCAUUCAUCACUCAAAGAUCGCUGGAGUUCACGACGUGGUGAUUGGGAACGCACUGGUGACGAUGUAUGCCCGGUGUGGGGAUUUGGUGUCGGCCCGUGAGUUUUUCGAGGGGAUGCGAGAGAAGAAUGCCAUGUCGUGGAACGCUAUCAUCUCGGCUUACGUCCAAGGCGGCCAUCCCCGGAAAGCUCUCGAGCUCUUUGCGAGGAUGACAGGGAAGUUAAACAGCUUCGUUUUCGCCAGCGCUUUCACUGCUUGCUCCAUGGUGGGAGAGAUUGAUCUCGGUAAGAAACUCUAUGCAAGGUUUGUCGAGAGUGGACUAAAGCCGGAUUUGAUCGUGCAGAACGCUCUGAUGAGCAUGUAUGCCAAGUGUGGAGACUUGGACGAGGCGAGGAGGACUUUUCUCGAGCUUCCAACGCGUGAUGUCGGUGCAUGGGCGUGUCUCAUGGCCGGAUAUGCUCAGCACGGAGAUUUCGCUCGGGCUCUCGAGCUCUACAACAGGAUGAGAGACGAGAAGGUGGAGGCUAACGCGGCCAUUUUCUCCACGCUCAUCGCGGCUUGUUCCACUCUGAAAGAAGGCUUCUCUGGUCGGAAUGUAUGGGAAGCACGGCAAGAUCGAGGAAGCGAGACGUUUUUUAUAACAUUCAUGGCGAAAACAAAGACGUGGCUGCCUGGUCGAGCAUCAUUUCGGCUUACGCUCGGCACGGGUUGACGGACGAGGCUUUGAGGCUGUUUUGGAGGAUGGUUUCUCGAGGGGUGGAGCCAAGUGCCAUGAUUUUCAAGAGCGUUAUAUGCUGCUGCGCGAGCGGUGAGGCUCUGGAGCAAGGCAAGGCCGUCCAUGCACGGCUGAAGGAGAGCCCGGGCAGGGAAGACUCGGCAGUCCAGAACGCGCUCGUUGGGAUGUAUUGCAAGUGUGGGAGUCUGGACGAUGCAAGAGCCGCCUUCGACGUGAUCAAACGCAGAGAUCGGCACACCUGGACGACCUUGAUCAUGGCUUACGUCCAGAACAGGAAGCCGGAGAAAGCGCUGGAGCUUUAUCACGGCAUGGACGUGGAACCCAACGAGUUUAUUCUUGCCAGUGUUGCAGCAGCUUGCUCCAGCUUAGGUUCUCUCGAGCAAGGCAUGGCUGUCCACUGUCGAGCAAAGUCACUCGAGCUUCUCGGGUGUGAGGUCCUGGGAACUGCACUGCUUGACAUGUAUGUCAAGUGUAAGAGACUGGACGAGGCCAGGAAACUCUUCUGGGAGCUCCAGGCUACGAACGUCCCCUAAUGGUGGGAGGAUACGCCCAACCUGGGGACUCGUCUCAAGCUCGAGAGACGUGGGCGUUCCUGGGGAGGAUCAAAACGUCUCCGGGCUUGCAGCAGCUCAUCACCGCUGCUUGAAUUCCACACGUAGAGCCGUUCACCAAGGACCACGAGUACCCUGCUCCGAAAAGCUCGGCGGCCAUUUGCUGCCCUUCGGCUAUGGCUUCUUGUGGCAGUGCAAGUUAUCUAGGCCUGGCAGCUCCGGGAGAUGAAACUGGAAGAGUUGAGCUCCGAGAAGCUUGGAAAUCGAAGAGGGCGUUGAGGAGCCGCGGCCGUGGCCUGGGAAGUGAAACGCAGCGGCACGCUCCUCGCCAGUUCUCUUGAGAGCUUCAAGCAAAGGAGCUGAGGUAGAAGGGAGCAGUAUGAUUGUUGAGCAUAGCUGACAGGGAAAGAAGCACGAAUACUUGAUACACUAUACUGCUUCAGGAAUAGAAUGCACAAUACAGCACCCCCCUUUAUUUAGGGUGGGCCCCUUUUGCUUAUUCAUUACCAUAAAUUAAAGAUUGUCCUAGUA